UCUCUCAAACACUUUACAGUCGAGACAAACGGCGCAGUGAGCCGACGACAGACCGCUUGACACUUUGCAUUUCUCAGCAGACGUCGCACUCUUGUACAAACUUGCGAUAACUUGCUAAACAAUGGCAGCGAUCCACAGCAGUCCAGACCCAGCAGCCGUCUGAAAGCAUGGAAGCACCUCUGGAUGUGAGGCUAUCGUGGGAACGCUGCCAAUACCAGUGCACAACUAAACUGGGGAGUUUUCUCUACAGAGUUUAAGAUGACAACCCAGUAGCUGCGAUUCAGUCGUCAAGAUGAACCCUUCCUCCCUGGACUGGUCCAUUCAGAGCGCCCUGUCGUCUCUUUUCCCUCCGUUUGAGGCUACCGCUCCUACUGUUCUCAGCCAACUCUUUCGCACCAUUGAGGAACGUUACCAUGGAGAUGCGCUGCAGUGCCUGCUGAACUUCCUUAUCCCAGCCAAACAUAUCCUAGAGAGCGUGCAACAAGCAGCCUGUGCUGCAUACUCCGAUGUGCUGUUCCGGUGUGAGGGUUGGCCAUUGUGCCUGAGAGAUCGUGUGGUGAUCCAACUCGCCCCCAUCAACCCUUUACUGCUCCGACCUGGAGAUUUCUACUUGCAGGUGGAACCUUUUGGAGAACAGUCAGCCCGAAUCGUCCUUAAAAGUCUUCUCGUGCAGGAAGACCUCCUGGGGCAAGAGAAUCUAGUGCUGCAAGCCAGUUCCAAGUUGCUCGAGGGUACUGCAAUUGAGGGGACUCCCAUUCCUGAGACAUCUUAUCCAUGCAUAUUCACGGAGUCUUGGCUAAGGGAAAUAAAUGAGGGACGUCAUGGAAAUCCUCUAUGCCAGUGUGUGCUUUCCUCUGACCAAGGGAUUGUGAAGGUACCUUGGACCGAAGUUGCAAACCCGGAAUUCCUUGACAGGCCUAAAUCUAACAUGUGGCCUGAAACGAAGCCAUGUUCAGCUCCAACUCUCCGUGUGAAAGAUCUUAAAACUGAGAUUUCAGAGAACGAGUCGCGAGUACCUAUAGGCCUUUCACCACUUGAGAUGGAAACUAGGAUCCUUCCAGCAAAUGAUGGGAUGGCAGUUUCUGUUCAGCUAGUGGAGGGUGGCAGCAGAUUGGUGAAGAUUGACCCAGGAUACCCAAUAAGCAGUUUUGCUGGUAAACCUGUUGGCUGGGUAUCUCCUAAUACCUGGGACAGCAGGCACAACGGAGAGCUAGAAGGAGAAUAUGUGGAUCUUUUAGAGUUUAACAAGGAGAAAGAGACUUUUGUCCUCAACAAAAUAGCAAUCCCCACAAAACCACUGGGUUUCAAGUUAGUCAGGACAACUCGACCUGUCCCAAAAAGUAAUGCUAACCUGUGUGGAGAGGACUGCAAUCCUUGUAUUCAAAACAAACCACCUGAGAGCAUGCAAAAUGAUCCAGAGUCCAAAUUCAGGUAUCGGCAGUCUUAUGUGGCAGCUCUACGAAACCCUGUAAAUUUUGAGAGAACAAGUAUGCUACCUUCCCUAGAUGAAACAAGGACAGAUAUAGGGGAGGUUGAGCCAAGCUGUGAGGCAUACGGAGUUAGCCUUAGACCUAAAUCUUCGAGUUGUACAUUUGGCCAGACACCAAACCAAGCAGACAGAAACCCGAUGCAAUCCUUUGAGAACUCAGUCCAACAAAAGCAAAGCCAAAACAACUCAAGUCAGAGCAUACCUCAUGACUGCAGUUCAAGGGAGAAUGCAGAGGCUUCUGACCAACAUAUGACCCAACAGAUCCUUAGCAUGGUCCAAGCAAGACAACAACACAAGUCAUUCCUCACUGGGCAACAGGAUGUCCAUCAGACUGUACUUGGAACUAAGGCACUACCCGACAAAAGGCAGCACUGUCUGAACAACUCUUUUAGACAAGAUUCAUUUCAAAUGCACAUUAGCGGUCAGAAACACGCCAAAACCCAACACUUACCCAAAAUGGGACUCAGGGCUUUACCUGACCACAGUGGUCACAGACAAGAUGCCAAUCUAUGUUUGCAGGGUUUCCAUCCAAUUCAGCUAACACAGGCCUCCAAACGAACACCUCCUCCAUUUCAGCCCCAGUGCAGUCAACUUCUGUUCCAACAUGAGAACAGGCCUUUGGAUUACAAAGUGUUCUGUGAUGAUAGACAGAGUGAAAGAUGCCCAGGAUCACCUGCACAGGUGAUCAAAGGUAAAAGCAGGUCUAAAUCCCGCUCAUCCUCUUCAGUCUCAGACACAACCAAAGAGUGUCUACAAUUGCACAAGCCAACUAACAGAAGCCGCAGUGAUGUCUAUCCAGAGAUCAUUCCCAUGUUGCCUGCUAUCCAGGGAAUAAAACAAACCGCUAAUUUGGUGUCCCCAAAAUUAAACAGACGACAAGAAACAAGAAAGGAAUCAGGAAAAGCUGGAACUCCAGCUGUUAAUGGAGUAGAGCUCCAGAAAUCAGACGCUGAACAACUCUUUACAAGCCAGCCUGAGAACAGAGUUCAGGCAACUUUUCUUUCCCAGGACCUCACAAUCAAGAGCCUUCUCCAGCUGGGCAUCAUCUGUCUACCAGGCAGUCGUGACAGAGCUGGGCGGGCUGUGGUUGAGGUCUACGGGGGAAGGAAAGGCUGGGCGUCCUCUCAGCUCUCUCCUCAUGAGUUCUGCAGACUGUUGCUCUACCUGCAAUCUAUUCCCAGGACGGAGAUCAGAGAGCUGGGACUGACCGUAGUGAUUGACUGCAGGAAGUGUCCUCUGCCCUCUGUGUUCUACAAAUCCCUGCUCAUGGUUCAGGAACAGGCCCUUCAUGCAGUGCACACUAUCUUGAUGCUUGUUGAUAAAGAUGCAAAUCCUCGACCAGAAAAGCAUCCCGGUCUUCAGAUAGAUGUUGUGACGUCACUGAAAGCCCUUCAUAAGACGGUUGAUGGACAGCAGUUGACCUCUGACCUCGGCGGAUCCUUCCCCUACAGUCAUGAAGACUGGCUACAGUUUCACCAGAAGCUUUCUCUCUUUCAACUCGACCUACAAGCAGCAUCUUUAUUACUGCAGACGGCGAUCAGAAGACUUGAUGUUAAAAAAACAGUUACCGCAAAGGAUGUCCAGUCCUGCGUCCAGGAGCAGAGGAGUUCGAUGAAGAUGGUGCUUGAAGACACGCGAUUGGUCGCCCUCCAAAGAGAAGGCGGGUCUAUUCUCGCCAGGAUGAGGAAGGAAGAAUCUCGGUUUGCUCAGUCGGAAGACUUCAGGGACUCUCUGGAGUCUGUGACGUGUCUGUAUAACCAGGUGGAAGAGGCCGUUCACACGCUGGUGAUGAAAUCCAACCAGUCCCUGCAGCACCUCGGACACGUUCUUCUGUUGAGAGAAGCAGAAGACUCGCUCGGCACAAUCCAGAAAUGGUGUGAUGCAGAGGAGAGGUCAUGGCAGAAAGAUAAAGAUGACGCCGAGGCGACUCUGCAGAAAAUAGAGCAGAGACUACAAGAUGUUCGGUCUGUUCUUAUACAAGCAAAGGAGAAAAAAGAAAAAGGGAUGUUGUUGAUAAAAGAGGUGGAGAGGAAAAGCAAGGGAACACGUCAUCCUGAAACGGAGGCUUUUGGGUGCAACGCCACCGCUUUCAAAACCGUCAUGACCGGGUUUCUCCUGAAAGCCGAGGAGCGUAAAUCUGAGCUGGAGACGUCUGUCGAUCUCUAUCGUUUCUGUGAAGAGGCCUCAUCUCUCGUCAGGGAGUGUAUGGAGUAUUUAGAGCACAUACAGAGCACAAACUCUCCCAUGUGUGCCUGCCUGAGCGCACUGAAGGCUUUUGAGGAGCGUUUCAAAGACUUCUCUCCCCAGCACUUUGAGGACAAGAGCUCGGCGCUGCUGGAGAGGCACCCGGACGGGAUCUGGAUGUGGAAUGCAGUCUGGGCUCAAUGCCGAGACAUCAGACAGCGGCUCUCUGAGAUCCUGCAGGCCUCUUAUAGCAAUCAAACACCUCUGGGAUCGCCACACAAGGACAGCGCGCCGGAGACAGGCUUCAAAGGGCCGGCCCUGAGCGUAAUUACAACUAGCCUCGGUGACCCCCAAACGAACCCCGCCGAGACUCGAAAUAGUCCUGUGGGGCAAGGUGAUAAUGAGACAAUGACACAUUUCCACCGUCACCGUGAGUCUUCAAACUCUGACUCGACUCAAAACGCGUGCGAGGAACUGCGUCCUCAACGGGACUUCAGGUCAAAAGAGGAAGGGAGAGGUCAAGAUUUCCAGCAAGGCAGCAGAAAGGUGUCCACCUCUCACAGCGACAGUGACCUGAGAAAGUCAGACCGGGUCACUGAGGUCAACCACUGGCCGCAUUAUACAGCCCUGGUCCGCUCUCGAAGCCAAGGCUCUUGUCUGCCGGUCGGCGACCAUCAUGUUUCUGUUCGCCAAACUACAGUCAAACACAAAGUCCAGACGUGUGCAGCUUCUGGUCAAGAGAGGGACUCGCGCAGGGCUUCGUGGGACGGACAGAGCUCUAAACUGUCUCACCAGGACAGCUUCUGUUCCAGCGCCUCUGGACCGAGCCGAAGCGACUCCAAAUCUGACGAGCAGAGCUUGCUUUCAGCAGCGACGCGCUCCGAUCUUCCGGUUCAGACGCAGGACGGCUCCGUCUGCAGGCCUGACCGCCUGCUGGAUCACAGCAGCACUGUACUUAAACUGCAGCACAUCAUGGAGGAGCUGCUUCAGACCGAGAGAGAGUAUGUGAGAGCGCUGGGGUACGUGGUGGAGAACUACAUCCCGGAGCUGGAGCGUCCCGACGUGCCUCAGGACCUGCGGGGACAGCGGGGAAGCAUCUUUGGGAACCUGGAGAAGCUGCGAGACUUUCACCAGCAUCACUUCCUUCAGGAGCUGGAGCUGUGUCUGAAGGAGCCCUUCUGCGUCGGACGCUGCUUCCUGAAACACAAAGAGAACUUCGGCCUGUACGCGUUAUACAGCAAGAACAAGCCUCGCUCUGAAAGACUGCUCAUCGAACACGGGAGAGAGUUCUUCAAGCAGAAGCAGCGGCUGCUGGGUGAUAAGAUGGAUCUGUCCUCGUAUCUUCUGAAGCCGGUGCAGCGCGUCAGUAAAUACGGCCUGCUGCUGCGGGACAUGCUGAGCGAGUGUGAGAGCGGAGGACAUGCUGGACACGAGCGGCUCGAGAUACAGACCGCUCUGAACAUCAUCCAGUUCCAGCUCCGCCACGGGAACAACCUGCUGGCCAUGGACGACAUCCUGGACUGCGAUGUGAAUCUGAAGGAACAGGGCCAGCUGAUCCGUCAGGACGAGUUCCUGCUGACCUUCAGGAAGAAGAAAUGCUACCGUCACAUCUUUCUCUUCCAAGACCUCAUACUCUUCAGCAAGACGCGCAGAACCGAUGUUGGCAGUGACACGUACAUCUACAAGCAGUCCUUCAAGACCUCAGACGUCGGCAUGACCCACAACUCGGGAGACAGCGGGCUGUGUUUCGAGAUCUGGUUUCGAAGGAGGAAGUCUCAGGACACGUACGUCCUUCAGGCAGCGAGUCGAGACGUGAAGGAGAGCUGGACCAGAGACCUGGAGCGGAUCCUGUGGGAACAAGCUGUCCACAACAGAGAGGUCCGUAUGCAGGAGAGGGUGUUCAUGGGAAUCGGUCAUAAACCCUUCAUGGACAUCCAGCCCAGUGAGAUGGCCAUCAAUGACCGAGCCAUCAACUGUUCUCCCACGGGACGAGUAGGUGGGAUUCCUGUCCUCCGGCUAAAUUCUGUCGGCUCGGCCAGCUGUACGUCAUCCUCUGGAAGCCGUUCGUCGUCGUCGUCCGGCUGGGGAUCUCCUCCUCCCGUGGGUCAGCUGAUCGGCCCUAACGGAGAUGUUGUCCGGUACGUCCAUGGGACUUCAGGGAUCCUGGAGGAAGAUGAUUUAGACCAGGAGAGCGUAAACCAGAGUACACUGGUGGAGAGUUCGGUGUCCUCAGGAGAAAGUGUUAGUUGCUUUAGCAGUUCUGGUCACAGCUGCUCGUCUGUGAUUGGUGGAGACUGUGAAAGCACUCGGUCUGAGGCGCCUGUCAUUGGUGGGAAAAAAGCGUGUGCCCAAAGCCACGAAAGCAGCGUGAAACCCACCACUAGCCCCCCAGGACGGAGCGGGGACCAUUCCUGCAAUACAGUUCAAGAGGCAAGUGUCAUAGGAAAGUCAACCGAAGUAUAACCCAUCAUGCAUGUUUAUACUGUAAUAGCAUCAAGCUUUUAUCUUAUCAGGCUCAUUGUUUUUUUUUUACCUUUUACAUCUAGCGAUCCUGUGAAACUCUAAAAUAAAGUUUAUUUUAUUUAUUUAUUUCAGUGUGAGCGUGUAACAUUAGUUCAAGGAACUAACUUUUAAACUUUUUUGCCUGUUUUUUACUUGUAUUUUUCUUUCUACUUCUUGUUGCACGGUUGAUGAAACACAAGCAGAUGCGUAAACCUUUAAUAAAAUUGCUUUGAUAAAAUAAA